AUGGCUUCUCCUCAGCAUAGAGGGGUCAGGAAAGUGCUGGGAUUGUCACAAGUAAUGGAGCCAGUCCACCUACAUACACAACCCUCAAGGGAAUGGGAUUAGUGAGCACAGCUUUCUCGCCUGAGGCUCUUCUGAAUCUGCGCUAUGAUAACCUUGGCAUUUGUCACACACGUUAUUCAACCAGUGGAAUCUCAGAACUUCAGAACUGCCAGCCCUUUGUGGUGGAUACACUGCACGGCAGGAUUGCUGUAGCGCACAAUGGAGAGCUAGUUAAUGCACAUGCCUUGAGGAAAAAGGUGAUGCGCCAUGGCGUGGGUCUCUCCACCAGCUCAGACAGUGAACUCAUCACCCAACUGCUGGCGUUCACUCCACCUAUGGAGGAGCUGGAUGCACCAGACUGGGUUGCCAGAAUCAAAAACCUAAUGAUGGAGACUCCAACAUCCUACUCGCUUUUGAUAAUGCACAAAGAUGUUAUCUACGCGGUGCGCGACCCUUAUGGAAAUCGACCCCUCUGCAUUGGACGAAUUGUUCCCAUCUCAAAGUUGCACAGUCCAGGCACUGGAGAGGGCGACACUGAGGGUUGGGUGGUGUCAUCAGAGUCCUGCAGUUUUCAGUCCAUUGGUGCCAAGUAUUACAGAGAGGUCUUACCAGGGGAGAUAGUCCAGAUAUCCAAUCAUGGAGUCAAGUCUCUGACCGUUGUGCCUCGUCCUGAGGGAGACCUCCCUGCCUUCUGCAUAUUUGAAUAUGUUUACUUUGCCAGGCCAGAUUCAGUUUUUGAAGGACAGAUGGUGUACACCGUCAGGCAGCGCUGUGGUCGGAGGUUAGCCAUCGAGGCUCCAACAGAUGCAGACGUAGUUAGCACUGUGCCUGAGUCUGCAACUCCUGCUGCUCUGGGCUACGCUCAGCAGUCUGGGCUGCCAUACAUCGAAGUACUGUGUAAAAACCGCUACGUUGGAAGAACAUUUAUUCAACCAAACACCCGUUUGAGGCAGCUUGGUGUUGCCAAGAAGUUUGGGGCACUGACCGACAACUUUGCUGGGAAACGAGUGGUGCUAGUUGACGACUCCAUUGUCAGAGGAAACACCAUCUCACCCAUUAUAAAACUGCUCAAGGAAGCUGGUGCAACCGAGGUACAUAUCAGAGUUGCCUCUCCACCCAUCAGGUACCCCUGUUACAUGGGCAUCAACAUUCCAACCAAGGAAGAGCUGAUUGCAAAUAAGCCAGAGUUUAAGGACAUUGCAGGAUACAUUGGUGCAGACAGUGUUGAGUAUCUGACCGUGGAGGGCCUGGUGUCAGCAGUCCAGGAGGGAAUUGCCUCCCAACAGGAGAAGGAAAAGAUGAUUAGCUCCACUAACAAGUCCAGCAGGAGAGUGGGCCACUGCACUGCCUGCCUGACUGGGAAAUAUCCAGUGGAGCUGGAGUGGUAACUGCUGGAAUCAAAACCAAGGUUAUAGCAGAACUGUGGAUUAACCUCAGGUGCCCAUGCAUUAAUGAAAUGUUCUUUAUAGACUGGAUAAGAAAUAGUGUGGAAUUUCAAUAUAUUGUAAUGAACAAAGUUUUUCCCUGCUUAGGCCCUUGGUCAGCAGUUUAAUUUCUAGCUCUUGAUGACCACCGGUGGUUGCAGCUUCACUUUACUGUAGUGACACCCAGAUGACACUAAAAAGUGCACAUCUGACCAAACUCUGAUGCUGUUGGGGUCCCCCCCCCCCACAUUGACCAUUAUGUUAAUGUAUAUGAGAAAACUACUUUCUUGUAUUUUCACAUUCCUCGUCUUAGCAAACAUAAGCAUUUGGUAUAACCGGCCAUGUCGGAAAUACAAAGGUCGAGUGACUAAACCAUGAGUGUCUUUCAUUUCUACAUUCAUCUGCCUUUACUGAAAAUUAACCAUGUAACUUUUUUGUUAUGAGUCUUGACUGUUGCACACUUGUUUACUUUAAACAUUACCUUGAAUUAAAAUGGAAAAGUAAAUUAAUAAACAGAAUAACUGCAAUAAGAA